GAACCGCGCAAGGUCAAGAACAUCUUGGCUCUUUUCAAAACAGUCGAUCGCCGGUCCGAAACGUGAUGUGACAUUGCCUUUGAAUAAAAAAAUAAUAAUAAAAAUUUAAAUUACUGGCAGCUAGCAAAUUCGGAAAAUAAAAAAAACAAAGCAGCACGUGGCGCGGCGUGCGUGUUCUAAAUUUGAACGCAAGCUCUCGUGCGGCAGAUCUCAUUUCCCGCGUAAAAGCUGUGUCGGUGGAAAUUUGAAAAUUUUGAGAACAUUUUGUGUGUAACUUUCUUCAAGAUUUGUUUUGUUUUAAUUGUAAAAUCUGUGUUUUGUAAAGAUUUUGAAAACUUCGUCGCCUGAUUACUAGGGCGUCCGUGGCGCUCGCGCUGCGUCCUGCUCGAGCGCGGCGCGGUGGGGGGAGCGGCGCGCGCGCAACAUGCUCGCGAGCAUCAAGGGCUUCUGGAAGGUGUGCAGAUAUGGCGACCUUUACAUGGUAUUGGCGGCGCUCGCCGCGCAGUCUAUCAACAUAUCGGUGGGCUUCUGCCAAGGUUUCUCUGCGGUUCUGCUGCCCCAGUACACACACGAAUACCCGAACAUCACAUACGAACAGAGCUCAUGGAUAGCAAGCCUGGGUGUAAUCUCGAACCCAGUGGGGGCUCUGCUGGGCGGGAUGAUGGUGGACGCUGUGGGGAGACGGCUGCUGCUUCAGAGCAUAGUGCUGCCGAACCUGAUCGGCUGGCUCGUCAUAGCGUUCUCAGAGACGUACGUGUUCUUGUGCGUCGGCCGGUUUAUCACUGGAUUCACAAUUGGAAUGUCCACAGUCUCCUACAUCUACGUGGCAGAAAUCACAACACCAGAGAAACGAGGCGUCCUCAGCGCUUUAGGCCCCGGCCUAGUUUCCACCGGCAUUUUCAUCGUUUAUUCCUUAGGAGCCUUCGUACAUUGGAGAAAAGUCGCAGCCAUUUGCGCAGGAGUUUCACUCCUCACGCCUACAUUAAUGUAUUUCGCCCCAGAAUCGCCUUUGUGGCUAGCCUCUAAAGGACACAUGAAGGACGCUUACAACGCCAUGUUCUGGCUCAGACAAAACAACAGCACGGCUCAGCAAGAACUCAUGGAAUUCACCAAAGACAGAAAGAGCGGAGAGACCAUGACAUUCAAAGAAAAAAUGUGCUUGUUCAAACGUAGGAGCGUUUUGAAACCUUUCAUCCUUUUGAUAGUUUUCUUCAUCUUCCAAGAAAUGUCUGGUAUCUACGUCAUUUUGUACUACGCCGUAGACUUUUUCAAGUCUGUGGGUACAAGUGUUAAUGAAUUCACAGCUUCUAUCAUCGUUGGUGGUGUUAGAGUCUUCAUGGGAGCAGUUGGUGCGUGUCUAAUAAACAGUUUUAGGAGAAAGACUUUGGCUGCUACUUCAGGAUUGUUAUUAGGCAUGGCUAUGUUGGGAGCGGCUGUUUGUGAUAGUGUUAACGGACCUCCUUUGGUUAAAUUAGCAUGUGUAUUACUACACGUAUCAUUUAGCAUGGUGGGUUUCUUACAAUUGCCUUGGAUAAUGUCUGGAGAGUUGUACCCUCAAGAUAUAAGAGGGGUGAUGUCUGGUGCUACUUCGUGUUGUGCUUAUGUUCUUAUCUUUUUCAAUAUUAAAACUUACCCUCAAUUGGAGAAUUUAUUGUCAUCUAAUGGUACUUUAUAUCUUUUCGGUGGUUGUGCGUUAUUAGGAGCUGCCUAUUGCUAUUGGUUUCUGCCUGAGACUAAAGGCAAGUCUUUGACUGAAAUCAUGAAGCAGUUUGAUGAGAGAAAGGAUUCAGAUGCUGAGGCUGGUUAUAAUACUAAAGAGAAAAGAUAUAGUAUAGAAGGAAAGCCAGUUCAAAGAAGGCAUAGUGCGGGGGCGGCAGUAUCUUUGGAGAAAAACAAAGAGUUAUUUACACCAUACUGGGUACAAGAGAAAGAGAUUGAGAAGAAAUGAUGUUCCUUCUAGUAUUUAAUAGGUAUAUUGUACAGUUUGUGAUUUUAAUUUAAGUAUGCUAAGAUGAUUUUUAUAGAUUUUAAAAUGUUACAUUCCGUAGUUAUAUUUAGUUAUAUUUUGUAUACAAAGUAGCGAUUUUAUGAUGAAUUUACAUUUAAAGUACAAAUGUGCAUUAUACAUGUGAGAAGCGCUGGUCGCAAAAUAUAUAUAUAUAUAUUUUUAUUACUUUCUACUAAACCAGUUUAUUGCAUUAUUUUUGUUGUGAAAUGCAAAAUUCAUAGAUAAAAAAAAUACUAUUUAAUCAGUAUAUAAUCUUGAUUUUUGAUUUUUUUUAUAAAAGUAUUUAUUUAUAAACUUCCUUCUGAAUUUUGAACAGCAAAGGUGUUUUCUAUCGAAGUAAAUGCGCAAGUUACAAAUUAAAUUAUUACAGGGUGACUGAAUUUGUGUACUGUCUGUGAUGAAAUAAAACUAAUGUAUAUUUUUUAAUAUUAUACCGUGUGUGAAUAAUAUAAAGUGUUGUUUUUCA